AUUAACUCUCUUUUUGCCCUUUUUUCUUUCCCCCUUUAUAUUUUAAAUAACCCACGUUGACAAUUCUCUGGAACUUCCAUCAGAGAAGUUUUCCAACCUCACCUCAGCCAUCUGGAUCUACUACUAAGCCACCAUCUGCCGGUCUACGCGGAGUCUGACGCCACCAAAAAGUGCCGUCGUCAUUUAGCUCCACCCCCGGUAGCUUCCGCCUAACUUUUUCUUUCUUUUUCUGUAUCUCUUCGUCACUGCCACUUUUGUCGGUCUAUAUCUUAUCUCUUGAUCUCUUGAUCUCUUUUUUUUUCUUUAUCAUUGCCACUCUGCAAAAAAUCGUGUCACUACAAGGGAUCACUCUUUGCCAACCGAACAACGCGCCGCAGCAGCCGAAGCUCAUCGUUCGCGCAGUGUAAACGCGGAGAUAGAGUCAUUGUUCGCAACUGAUUUCCUAUCUGUAAUUCCGGCGGUCUUUUGCAUAUUGUCUCAGUCGCAACAAAGUGCAGAUAUGUGCCAGUGCAAUGACCAUUGAGUGGGACACAAAUUGAAAUCCAUACUGAAUCCACUGGUCGUCGCCGCAUCUCAAAGUCCGUUGUCAUUCACUGAUCGUCGGCGGAGUUUGCGGACAAGAUCGUGACGUCUCUUUAAAACUCGCGUACGUGCCAGCGAAUCGCAAUUCUCCGUCGAUCAACCCGCAUCAAACAUCUUCGACAACCCCCCCUUCCCCACCAUGCUCACCUACCGAAAGUCGCUCAUUGCGGCCCUCUUCCUGAUCACCUUCGUCGUCCUUCUAAGAUCCUCUCAUUCGGCUUCCUCCCCCUCGUCCCCUGCGCCCGCACACCUCCCCGAUGAGGCCGUUUACAGCACCAAUGAAGGAACGGAAGAGCAGUCGUCCGAGCAGAAAAAAGAGGUGACACCACAGCAGCAGCCACUCAAACCCUCCCCGAGCGCACCCUUGCGCGAACGGUUACGCUACCAUUUCCCCUACGAUCUUGAUAAUAAAUUCCCUGCAUACAUCUGGCAGACAUGGAAAUACACCCCCGACUCGUUGUGGUUCGGCCAAGAGCUGCGUGGUGCGGAGGCAAGUUGGACUGAGCUCCACCCCGGCUUCGUCCACCAGGUGGUUCCAGACGACACCCAAGGUUACCUCAUCAAGUACCUAUACGGUUCGCUUCCUGAUGUGUUCGAAGCCUACGAGUCGUUGCCGUUGCCCGUCUUGAAAGCCGACUUCUUCAGAUACUUGAUCCUGCUGGCCCGUGGUGGAAUCUAUAGUGACAUCGACACCAGCGCUUUGAAGCCGGCUGCCGAUUGGCUGCCCUCGACCUACGACCUGUCCACGAUCGGAUUCGUGGUCGGCAUCGAGGCGGAUCCGGACCGUCCGGAUUGGCAUGACUGGUAUUCCCGGAGAAUCCAAUUCUGCCAAUGGACCAUACAAUCCAAACCGGGGCAUCCGAUCCUUCGCGACAUCGUGGCCUACAUCACGGAGGAGACAUUACGGAUGAAGAAGGCUGGGAUCCUAAAGGUCGGCAAGAUGGAUAAGACCAUUGUGGAGUUCACCGGACCGGGCGCAUGGACAGACGCUAUCUUCAGAUAUUUCAACGACCCAGAUUACUUCAACAUCGAACCUGAUUCGAAUCACAACAUCACAUACGAAGAUUUCACAAACCAAAAAGAAUGGAGGAAGGUCGGCGACGUGGUGGUGCUACCCAUUACGAGCUUCAGCCCUGGCGUGAUGCAAAUGGGCGCAGGCGACUACGAUGAUCCAAUGGCCUUCGUCAGACACGACUUUGAAGGAACAUGGAAAACGGACCCGUCAUUAUAAAAAAAAAAGAUGGGUUCUUACUACCACCCCACCGUCCAACGUACUCCGGAGAAUAAAGAUCACCAUCUUAGCUCCGACGAGCAUCGACAGUGAGAGAGAAAGCUCACAUGUUAGCUCCUUUACCUCUAAUUUUUCCCACGAAAGUCGGCUCGACUCGAUGGGAAUGGACGAUCCAUUACCAUCACGUGAACGACAGCAUGAAUGACGUAUAAACGAGUCACGUCCUGUGAUCAACGCCGCUGACAGUUGCCAAUCCAAUGUAGCUGACCAACACAUUUCACCUCCGACCCGAGUAUGCUUCCAACUACUAGAUACCCUCUAUCAGUCGGGAAUUACACCCACCCUAAAAAAAAAAAAAAAAAAAGAUUCUCUAGCUAAUGCCCUCGAUCCGAUUGACUAACCCAUCUAAUCCUGUGGUUGUGGUUAUCUCAAGACCCUCUUAAUAUGUGUCUUUAUUCUUGAUACGCGAUCUAGAAUUUUUUGUAUAGAUAUAUAGAUUUUAACGAAAUUUAAUGCUGC